AUGAUCGACAAUCCUAAUGAUGAAAAACGAUUCCAGAUGAGGUAUUCUGAAGAUCUAAACCCUAUUAAAGGAUUCCGGAUUCCGGGCAUCACUCAGUCCGGAAAUGCUAAAUUGAAGCCAGAAGCCGUCCCCCCCAAAUGUCUUAAAGCUCAAGCAAACUCUCCUCCCAAAUCUCCUCCGCGCACGACGAGGUCAGGUCGCAUUAUCACAAUCGAUACCCGCACUCCACACCAACUUAAGGCGUUGUAUGGGCUGCUCCACACUUGA